AUGCACGGGGGUGGUGCGGGUAUUGGCGGGGGUUCUAUGGUCGGACAGAACUCAAUAUUUGGGUGCUCGGCUGCAGGACACAGCGGGGUUAACCAGCUUGGCGGUGUUUACGUCAACGGCCGACCAUUACCAGACUCUACCAGGCAGAAGAUCGUCGAACUGGCCCACAGUGGCGCGAGGCCCUGCGACAUUUCGCGCAUACUGCAAGUCAGCAACGGAUGCGUUUCCAAGAUCCUCGGCAGGUAUUACGAGACCGGUUCGAUCAAGCCACGUGCAAUCGGCGGUAGCAAGCCGCGCGUGGCUACCACGCCGGUGGUGAACAAAAUCGCUGAUUACAAGCGGGAAUGCCCGUCGAUCUUCGCUUGGGAGAUCCGCGAUCGACUUCUGCAAGAAGGUGUUUGCAACAACGACAACAUUCCGAGCGUAAGUGAAACGCACAGCUAG